ACUGGCACUUGUCUCCCCCUCCACCCCACUCCUUGUUUGUUCCGUUGCCCUGAGACCCUCACAUGUACACCCUGGGGACAUGGCCGGUGCCCACACAUGCCUCCGGUCACACACUGGCUGUCGGCUUUCCCACUCAUCCGAACCCCCUCUCCUGACGCUACUAGGUCCUGAGGGGCAAGGAGUAUCCUCCAGAGGGAGUCUUCCUGAAGUUAAGACUCAGGUGGGAACGACUCUAUUACCCACCCCUCAUCCUUCACGCCUCUUGGAGGAGGGGAGAUUCGGGGUGAGGUCCUACCUCGGUUUCCCCUCCUGGCUCCAUUCCCCGAGCAGGGCUCCCGUGGGUAGCCCUGUGCCUCAGUUUCCCCACACCGGGGUCUCCAUCCCCCUUUCUUGUCUGGGCUACAGACCCUCGCCGCUUCCUCUUGUCCCCUCUCCUCCAGCAGAGGCGGUGACGAUGGGCACUAGAGGCCCCCGGCGGGGCCCUGGCCCCCCAGACGGCGGCUGGGGCUGGGCCGUGCUGGGCGCCUGCUUCGUGGUCACCGGUUUCGCCUAUGGCUUCCCCAAGGCCGUGAGCGUCUUCUUCCGCGCGCUUAUGCGCGACUUCGGCGCGGGCUACAGCGACACGGCCUGGGUAUCCUCCAUCAUGCUCGCCAUGCUCUACGGGACAGGCCCGGUGUCCAGCAUCCUCGUGACCCGCUUUGGCUGUCGCCCGGUGAUGCUGGUGGGUGGACUGUUGGCCUCGGCCGGCAUGGUCCUAGCAUCCUUUGCCACGCGCCUCCUGGAGCUAUACCUGACAGCUGGGGUGCUCACAGGCCUGGGCCUGGCCCUCAACUUCCAGCCGUCGCUCAUCAUGCUGGGGUUGUAUUUCGAGCGGCGGCGGCCUCUGGCCAACGGGCUGGCGGCGGCCGGCAGCCCCGUGUUCCUGUCGGCGCUGUCGCCGCUCGGCCAGCAGCUGCUCGAGCACUUCGGCUGGCGCGGCGGCUUCCUGCUGCUCGGCGGCCUCCUGCUGCAUUGCUGCGCUUGCGGCGCCGUCAUGCGGCCGCCACCCGGGCCGCGGCCGCGCAGGAACAGCGCGGGCGACGCUCCCGGGGAGGCGGAGGCGGACAGUGCGGGACUGCGCUUGCGCGAGGCGCCCUCUGGUGGCCGGACCCGCCGGCGCCUGCUGGACGUGACCGUGUGCACCGACCGCGCCUUCGCGGUGUACGCCGUCACCAAGUUCCUGAUGGCGCUCGGGCUCUUCGUGCCCGCCAUUCUGUUGGUGAACUACGCCAAGGACGCGGGCGUGCCUGACUCCGAGGCUGCCUUCCUGCUCUCCAUCGUGGGCUUCGUAGACAUCGUGGCGCGGCCGGCGUGCGGCGCCCUGGCCGGCCUGGCGCGCCUGCGGCCGCAUGUCGCCUACCUCUUCAGCCUGGCCCUGAUGGCCAACGGGCUCACGGACCUGAGCAGCGCGCGCGCGCGCACCUACGGCGCCCUUGUCUCCUUCUGCGUCGCCUUCGGCCUCUCCUACGGCAUGGUGGGCGCCCUGCAGUUCGAGGUGCUCAUGGCGGCUGUGGGUGCGGCCCGAUUCCCCAGUGCGCUGGGCCUCGUGCUACUCCUCGAGGCUGUGGCUGUGCUCAUCGGACCGCCCUCUGCCGGCCGCCUGGUGGACGCGCUGAAGAACUACGAGAUCAUCUUCUACCUGGCAGGCUCUGAGGUGGCCCUGGCCGGGGUCUUCAUGGCUGUCGCCACCAAGUGUUGCCUGCGCCGCUCUCAGGAUGCCACGCCCAGCCCAGGCACCAAGGGCGGGGCCAGCGACACGGAGGAUGCUGAGGCCGAAGUGGACUCUGAGCCCCUGCCUACCAGCGCCGAGGAGCCCGGUGGCCUCGAAGCCCUGGCGGUGCCGAGCCCAGGGACUGGGCCCUCGGAACCCGAGAUGGAGGCAGAGCCGGGGCUAGACUCCGAGUCUGUGUAGCGCGGGGGCACUAGGUGGGGUGGCCAGGGACUUCAGGAAUGGGGCUUCCCCUCUCAGAGCCCCGGCUGUCCCCACAGGGCCUGGCACACGGGAGGCUGCUCCGGUGGUCACCGCCAGGGUCCAUGCAGGGAGCUGCCCCCCUCAUCUGCCCACUGGCCCUGGCACGGCAGGGUGUGGGCCUGUGUCAAUCUUAAGUCCAUAAAGCCGAGCUGAAAGAGCUUCUGUUCCUGCGCCUCUGGCUGCUACCUGGGGGAUGGGUUAGCAGGGAGUCUGAGAGGCUCCCCCUGGGGCCCUCCGACCCCCCACCCCGUGGGUGUUGGGGAGGAAGUGGCAGAGGUGGAGGACGGCAGGGGAAAGUGUCCCAGCUCCAGCCCCGCUGCUCGGAGCCGUACACCGAAGCCCUCGCUGGCAGCACCUGCCGCUGGAGCAGCCCAGAGCAGAGAAAGAGCGCAGGUCCGAGUGGCAGGCUGGGGCUGGAUCCUGGCCCUGAGCCCCGGGCUCCUCUCGCACACUGGAGGUGGAGAGUACCUGACUCUAUGACUCCAUCCUGUGGACAGCAGGGGGGUGGCGGAGGGGGGACCGGCACCUGCCCUGCCCCCUCACCUUCCUAAGAGGGACCCUCCUCCAGCCCGGCUCUGGGUCUCCUCUCUCUAGGGGAUAAACUCGGGUGUCCUGGGACCUUUGCUCUGGACACGUGUCCCUACGGACGCCACUGCGGACCCUGGCAUCUGCUCCCCCACCCGCCAGUGGAGUCCCAGGGGUAGCUCCUCAAUGGCACUUUGAGUCAAGUGCAGGGAGCUCCAGGUCUCACCCUGGCUGGAAGGUUUAGGGAUCUGUUUAAGUAUUCAUUCUCUUCCCACAAACUAGACACCCCUUUCCUUGCCUCCCUCCCUCCAAAUCACCAGCUUGGUGACCCUGGCCGGUGGAGGAAGCAGCCUUCCCACCGCAGACCCUGACUCCAUUCAUCCGUACUCCUCAGGGGAGCCCAUUCCACUGGUGACCCCCUCCCCACUAGUCUCAUUUCCAUCCACGCCCCAGGAAGGUGUGGGGAGCCCCUGCAGAAGUCCGGCCAACUUACACCGUGUCUGUGCUUUCCCCUGAGCCACUACAACAGUGACUACAUCUUAUUUUAACAAAUCCUCACAGAGCACUGACUGUGCCAGGCACCGUGCUAAGCCCGUCACAAAUGUUAACUCAUCUAAUCCUCAGUAAGGACCCAAGGUAGGUACCCUCAUUAGCCACACUCAGAUAGGGAAACUGAGGCACAGGAAGUGAGGAGGUAGCUCAGGGUCACAGAAGCUAUGACUGGAACCUAGGCUGUCGGUUCCAGUCUGAGCCCUUGGCCUCCACACUGGCUGCCCCUUCAGGGAGCUGGUAUAGUCUGACAGUUCUAGGGGAUCUAUGUGGUGACAGCCCAUCCCUCUCUCCACACUCCCAAUCCUGCCUAAGGAUCCCAUUCAGGUCUCUGCCCGGGACCCCCCGCCCCGGCCAUUGUGGACCCUGCCCACCUCUCACACCCUCUUGCACCCCUCCCAUUCUCAGGACGAGCACGUAUUUCAUUGUCCAAACAGGGACACUUUGAGAGUGAAAAGGGCCACUAUUAAUAAUUACACUAGGACCACAAGUGUGCACUGGGACUGUCCAGGUGAAGCUGGACACCUGGGAUACUAGCGUGGUACCACCCACUGGGCUUCUCCCCUUGGCCCUGGCAGAACAGGCGACCUGGAAUGGCCGGGGCACC